UGUUGAUAACAGACCACGCGCGCGCCACCUCAGUGAAGAAGAAGAGAGGUAGAAAAGAGCGGACACUUUUUAGGUUAUCUUUAAUAGGAUCCAAAUUCAAGAGCAGCAUGGCUGAGGACAAGCCAAAGGAAGGUGUGAAGACUGAAAAUGACCACAUUAACCUGAAAGUGGCUGGCCAGGAUGGAUCGGUGGUCCAGUUCAAAAUUAAACGACACACUCCCCUCAGCAAACUAAUGAAAGCGUACUGCGAAAGACAGGGUUUGUCGAUUAGGCAGAUUAGAUUUAGGUUUGAUGGCCAACCAAUCAAUGAGACGGACACACCUGCACAGCUGGAGAUGGAGGAUGAGGACACUAUCGAUGUAUUUCAGCAACAGACUGGGGGUUCUGGGAGCUCCUGCUAAAGGAUGGACUACAGACCUGGAGAGCAUCAACUCAAAUAUUUUAUUUGGUCUUUUUCCUCAAAAUGCUCUUUCAAUGUUUUUUUUUUGUUGUUGUUUGUUUUUGUAUCCCUGAACCUCCACACCCUUUUCCAGUUCUUAAUGGGGGGUGGGCAGGGUUUGUUUUCAGCAUAUGUAAGAGGACAAUUUUUUAAAAACUGAAGCCAUGCCUUGCUUGGAGUGAUUGUCAUUGAAUCUGCAACUGUUACAGGAGAUCAGGUCACUAUAACACGACUUCUUUCGUAACAACGCCAUAAGUGGAGGUCAGAGAACAAGUGGGGCUGAGGAGAUCAGGCUACUGCAGGUGCAAUCGUCACAAAUGGGAGACUCUUUGGUCCUUCCAUGAGGUCCACCCCAGGCAGAAGGAGUGGUUUGCUUUUGAACACAUUUAGUAAAGUAUAGUGAAUAUUUUAGUGUUUCUCUUUUAGGUACAUUUACAGAAGGUUGUUCAAUUUGUCAGAUUUUCUCUUUGUAAUCCGUACAUUUGUUCAAAAGCUUGCUGCUCUGAGAGUGAAUGAGGGCCUCUUAUUUCCCAGGACUGGUUCAUUGACAAGGCAAUUAUAUUGGAUGAAAUGGGGUAGUAUGUGGACCACGUCUUACACAGACAGCUUUCUGAUCAAUGUACAUGUUAUGUUUUAAAAAGCAAAGUGCGGGUUUAUUUUAAUGUCUCUAUAAAAGAUUCUUUCUGUGUGUGGGGGAGAUGGUCAUGCUCAUUAUAAAAAUCCAUUUGUAAUAAACAUGUCAUGCAUUUCCCCCUCCUGCCAACCGAAAAGGGACG